UAUCACAGUAGAGUAGAGCAUCUCUCUAAUGGUAAGUGAGUUCAACGUUUUAACAUGAAUAAUAAUCUGUGGACAAAGAAACUAGUCGUACUUGUCAUUUUAUUUAUAUGCGAAGAUUCGAUUAUCCCCGUAGCUCAGUCAUCGAGCAAUGAUUCCACGAAAUACGAUCUCACUAAUGUUUUAAACGAGGCGAUAUUAAAACUAUUCAAGAGUACCGAUUUAAUUGAAAAAUUGGAAUCGCAUAUAAUCAUAGAAGACGUAAAACAUUACGACGGUAUUUACCAAAUAAAUAAUACCGCAAAACUUCUACCAUUUGGAAAUACCAUCAACAUAAACUAUAUGUACACUCAUACUUACGGAUCAACAUGGGGCAUACGUUUCCUCAUGAAAAGAAAACCACCAAAUACAGUUCGUUGGGAUUUUUCUAAAAAUAAAUUGCGUCUAUUCUAUGAUGAGCUGAGGUACUGGUUAGUGGGAGAUGUCCUAAUAGAAGAAUCGUAUUCGUAUUGGAAUUCCCGCCAAUGUGAAAGAAAAUUUUAUGUUGACCACCUAGAAUAUAAUAAUUUAUCGAUUAUCGCAAAAAAGCCGCCGGAAGAUCAAAAGGACGAUAAAAACAUAUCUAUCAAUAUGUCGUAUGAUCGUUUCAAAAACCUUGCAGAUAUCAAAUUCAAGAAGCCUCCUAAACUGUCUUACAAACAACAACUCAAGUUGAUGUAUAUAAUUGGCUUGGAAUUACCAUCCAUGAUGCGCAGUUUAUUCUUCGAUGGUGGCAAUUUUAACGUACUACUGAGUAAAAUAUUCAAGCUACACCCUACAGAGUACAUCAUUUCAGCCUGUCCCGAUUUUUUGAUGAACGACCAGCGCUACUAUUACCUCCUACCAGAUAUUUCUUUCGUGCACAUGAGUUUCAAAAAUAUCACCAUAAGAGGACUCUCGAAUUUUGAAUCAUUCGUGAACAAUCAUUCGUGGAGUAGACGAUAUUUAUCCCUCGAUUUCAUUUACACCUUACAUGUAAAGAAUGUACGAGCAAACAUGACUUUAGAUCCCGGAUUUGAACAUUUACCCCAUUUUCAACUGAAUUUCUUCAUCGGUAAUCUCGACAUAUCGUUUGUUCCGGAAAAAGGCGAAUUUCGCGUAGAAGCCCAAGACUAUUCUACCGUCGAAGACACUCUACAGCCCUCCACACUGAUAUCAUCCUGGUUUACAAAAUAUUUAACAAGUAUCAUUGAGCUGAUCGAAUCAGCAAUGGUAGAUUCGUUGAUGCCAUCAAAAAAAGACAAAGAAAAAUCAAUUUCAAUGUCACCCCAAUUGGCCGAAAUGGAAGCUUCGUUCGUGAAAAUUUCGAAGAUUUUUGUUGCCUAACAAGACAAUUCAGAAUCUUACCGGACCAAGAACAUGGAGGUCUAAAUAAAUAUGGCAAAUCAUCAAGCAAUGCGCCUGAACAGCAAAAAAAAACACUACCUAUCUGAUAAAUUAUGUGUAAUUUCAUUUUCAAAAUAACCGGCCCAAAUACAGAAUUUAAAAGAG